AUGUCGACGAUAUUGUCCUCACGGCGUCCUCAGGCCACUACACUACUUCCUUGGCAUCCAAGUUCGUCGUACGUCCACGGCAUCUUCCUUCACCAGCAACAGUACGCCGAGGACAUCCUCAAACGCACUGGGAUGACAAACUGCAAGCCUGCUACCACUCCGGUUGACAACAAGCCCAAGCUGUCAUCCAGCGCCGGCCAUCCUGUCGACGACGCCACGCGCUACCGAAGCAUCACUGGUGCAUUGCAGUAUCUUACACUGACACGCCCGGAGCUUGCAUACGCCGUGCAGCAAGCUUGCUUGCACAUGCAUGCGCCCCAUGAUGUUCAUUGGGCCCUGAUCAAGCGGAUACUACGGUACGUUCGCGGGACAACUCGACACAGUGUUCAUCUGCUCGCCUCUCCAUCGACAUCGAUCGUCGCCUACACGGACACGGACUGGGCAGGCUGCCCGGAUAUGCGCCGUUUGGGAUUCUGCGUCUUCAUCAGCGAUUCAUUGGUCUCCUGGUAG